GCACAAUUUGUUGCUAUCCACAGUGAGCCUAUCACCCAGCACAGUACCGGAUUGCACACACAAGGAGCGUAGUCAGCUAAACGAGUCGAUAUCUGCUCUGCAAGCUGGCCGACAGCGCCCCCAGCUUGAGCGUCGGCAGCGAUGCGACGUGACUCAUCCCCGCCCCCGCCCCUUCUGCUGCGUGUUCUCUCUCCAUCCUAACCUCCUCUCUCGGCGGAAAUGUCUCCUCUGGUGCGUGAGACGGGCGGGGCAGCCCAUAACGCACCGGGCUGCACACAUAAACGCCACGUAUGAAGGCGAAGACAGGCAUGUUGCAAUCCGUAUCGCUUUCUCCGUGUCCGUCGGUAUUCUCACGUCGAGGGGAAGAUACGGCUGCGGCGGCCCUUGAGUGAGAGGUCCACGACGAAUGUCUCAGGCACAGGGGGCGACGACGGUGGCGUGAGGGCAUCGUCCACUGCCCUUGGGGGGUGGUCCUCCGCCCCGUCCUGUGUCGACUGCAGGGCGUCCCUCAGCGUCCCCUGGAAGCCCUUGCUUCCUCCUUGUGUCUCAUCGCCUUCCCGUCGGCCCACGCUGGUCUUCCUGGCACGCCACCCGGCAGCCCUCGACCGCCGGUAGCGUGUCUGGGGCGAGGAGUCCGAGAGUUCUUCGCCCGAGCUGCCGGACCACGUGUACCCCGCCCCUGCCACAGGCGACCACUCCUCGCUGUCUUCCUCCAUAUCAAGUGUGAGCGUCAUGGGCUUCAGAGGCCGGCGUCGCGGCUUACGACGAGAAGGUUUUCUGGCCGGCUUCGGUGAUGGCCCACUCUCCUCUCGGCGCGUGUCGACUGCGAGGGUCUGAUAUUCAUCCUGUCUCGUCUCGGCUUCUUUUUUGAUGCCUCUCAGCAGCACUUGUAAGGCGUCUUCCAUCCCCACUUCCCCAUCGUCAAACUGAACCGGCUUCCGUGCAGCCCUCGCCCUUUGCCGCCUCCUGUUCUUGCUGAUGAGCUUCACAGGCCGGGGCUCAAUCUCCAUCUCGUCUGCGCCCUCCACGUGUCUCGCCUGCGUCUGCCCCACACCGCCGACCACAGGCAGGUCGGAAUCACUGCCCGAGCCCUCUGCGCCCUUCUUCGCCUUGGCUGCUUUGCCGAGCGCACCCACUGACCGCGCAGAUGGCGGCCCAGGACGAGCGGGGGGGCUCUCGUCGGCCAGCUGGGACAUCAUCUGCGGCGAGGGGGCUGCCGAGGGCAUGAUGCCUUGCAUGGAAGGGGGGUUGAGCAGCUGCACGCUUCUGGGGUGCAUGCCACCCCACCGUAGAGGCGUCCCCGACUUCCAGCUGGCGUCGCUCGUCAAGACCACGCUGCCGCUCUUCUGCUCGGGCGGCACUGCAGAGGGCGCCAGGAAGGACUCCACCUGGGGGCUGAUUCUGGUGGCUCCAGUGGCCCCAUCGCUCUCUGUGACAGCCACCACAGAUACCGAUGGCCAGUCCUCCAAAGCCAGCGGGCGAGACUCGUCACGAAGAAUCGACGGCUCAGCUGGUAUGAUCUCCGGCCCUGCCUGGGGUUGCGCAGGUAGUUCUGGCCGACGUGGUCUCUUUGCCUCUGUGACCGCUGGUAGGGAAGCUGUCGCCUCGAGCAGCUCCCGUGAUCGGCCUUGCACAAGAAGCUGAACAGGCUUUCUUGUGGGAGACGUGACUGGACGGCUGGUCGUCCGCGGCAGGGACAUUUGCGUCAGGAAGAGGCCGCCAUCGCCCUCAUCGGCGGAGGAGUCCUCUGCUGCUGCUGCUUCCUCUCCCUCCUCGUAUUCCGCCCUGGCGGCUGCCGCUGCGGCUGCUGCAGCCUCCUCUAGCGCCAGGGCCUCUUGCAAGAGGAUGGACUCCGUACGGUCGGUGGCCGCUUCCUGCGAUCUGCCGUAUAGCGAGCUCAGCGGCUGCGGGACCUCCCUCAACCUCGGCGCCGGCAUGACCCUGGCCGCCUCAGACCUCUCCCGGCUCCUUAUCGGUCUCUCUGCGAUAAGUGUUUCCUCUUCCUUGCGAUCGACUGACGGUCUGUCCUCGAAGAGCUUGUCGAGGUUCUUCAGUCCUCCCAGGUCAGACCGCCGCCUCUCUUCCAGCCGGACGGACAUCCCCAGCACGCCCUCCCCCGCCGCCACUGCCUUCUUGUCCUCCUGCUCCCCCAGUAUCGUUCCCAAUGUAGCCCGUCUUGCGACCUUCGACCCGGGCAGCUGUGUUGGGCUGACGGGAGGCAGAUCGGCCGCAAUCACCUUUUGCGACAGACCCGGCUUGGCCCGUCCGCUUUCAUAGUCGAGCAACGGCUGCAGCAGGGACUUGCCCCUCUGCAAGUCCCGUUUCUGAGGUGAUCUGUCCGGCGACUGGAGCGAAGGAGGUCUUUGCCUUCUCUCGCCAAAGGACAGCUGCUGCACGAACUCAGGGAUACGGGCCUCACCAGCGACCUCCAGUGAUGUCUCCUCUGCCUCAGGGGCCACUGGGACGGCUGCUGCUGAAGGGGAAGGUGGUUCGCCAGGUAGAAUCGCAGAACGGUCCUGGGUCGCACUGAAGUCGUCAAAUCCGACUCGACGUCGCUCACGGGAGUCUAGCCGCUCAGGCCUGGAUAAUUCACCAGGCAUUUGAUCGGCAGCAAACCUCAGCUCUGCCUCUGAUCGUGACCGUCGACGCAGCCGGCGGUCUUCCUUGUCCGUGUCCACAAGAUCCACAGGCAGCCCCUCCCGCGUCCCUUGUCUCACUGCUGACCUUAGGGUGCCGUCGUAGCCGCCCCGCAGCGUACCUUGGUACACUCGAGCCUCCACAUCGCCGCCCAAUAUCUUCCCAUCUUCCUUCUUGACUUGCCGUGCGCUUGCCAGAAUGCUCGUUCGGGACUUGCGCACCGGUGUCCUUGCAAGGCGGUCCAGAGGUGACAUAACCUCCUGCUCUGAGGUAUCCACCGUCCCUUUGAACUCCACCCGUGACCGUCCUGCCCUCAGGCUGGGUCGAGGUAUCCGCUGCUCCGACUCAGGUGAGAGUGUGUCCACCGCACUCCGGGGGGAAGUCACGUCGCUGCGAGCUGAUGGAAGCCGUUGCGGUGCUGCAGGCGUGCUCCGCAACGACGGUGUGCCAAUGUGUGCAGGCACCGACACGCUGAGAAGGUCGCCCGAUAUGUCCGUCUGGACUCCCUUGCUGCGGACCGACACGGGACGAGGGGGCACAGGCAGAGCUACCGGUACGGCAGGUGGCGCGAGACGCACGACUCGACUCCCAGAAGGGGUCUCUCGCCGCACACGGCCGCCUUGGGGAGUAGGCAGCUGCUCAGUCGCCUCUGGUUGGACAAAGGCCGUGCCACCCGUUGGAGAUCGACUGCAAGAAGGAGACGAGACACUCUUAAUCUCGAUGCCAGAUGAGUACAAUGAUGCUCACCUCACCCUCUUAUUUCGAAUAGGUGGCCGCUGGGCGGCGACUCCGGCCUGGUCCCAACCGUCAGCAUCGACGUCCGAGACCUUUUCAUGGCUUUGCUGACAUCUGCUGGAGAUGCCGGCUGAGUGCGGGCGGUUGCCGGGGGACUCACGAGGCCCUGGAAGGAAUCCAUUACACAGGAGGUGAUGGCAUUCGUUCGUCAUGUCCACUCCGUCAAUGACUCACUAUUGUCACGGUUUCCGCUGGUGGUCCCGUCGGCGUGAGGGGGCGGCUGCCCGGCAUGGAUGCAGGCAGUGACCUGCUGGCAAGCUCUCCGGGAGAGACUGGAGGUGCCAGUGUCUCGGGGCUGAGCGGCCGCUUGGGGCUUCUGCGGGCACUUGGAGAGAACAAAUCCUCGAAAUCUCCCGUCCUUCGGCCACUUGGAGACACGAUCGCACCUGUGGCACAGCCAAGACAGACGUGCAUUCAGUAGAUGCCGGCUUGCACCCGAGGCUUCACCCGAUGGUUGCGAUCGAAGCAUGGAACCUCCUCCCAUGAAGGUCGUUGUUGCUCGGUAGAGUGACGGUCUACCCUCCUCACCCUCUGCUUCGCCGAGUGCUGUGGAUGAGCCGAAUUCGCCGGAGAGCAUGCGCAUGACACCGGGAGUCGACGGAGAAUACAGAGGCCGAUCGUCACUCCAGUCGUUCUGCCGUGCGGCGACAGUCACCAAGACCGCCAAUUCAUUACUACUUUACUUUGUUGCGCUUACCACUCGGUCCGGCCUGCUGGUGAGGUCGGCCUGCUUGAGCCAUUUGUAGAAAGCAAUUGCGAUGAGCGAUCGUGCUGUGGCGUCCGCGUGGAGAGUCUCGUCCAUCCCACAUUUCUCCGCCCGUCGGAUGAGCCGCUUCUCCACCGACACCAGUCCCAGCUGCAGGCGAAACUCGGCUGGGUUGCGAUAUGUCAGGCCCACGGGGCGGCCACCAGCCUUCCUCUUAGCCUGUGCAUGAGUAGCACACGUCAAUAAGUAUAUGGCAGGAGGGGCUGUGUUCCGUGUCGGUCAGCAUUCAUAGCUCACGAGAAACUUGGUGAGGCGAAACAGGUGCGAUCGCAUAAGUCUGCAAGGGCACGAGAGACCAGGCAAGCAGAUGUCUCUCCACUGGUUGGCUGCCUGCCGGCGAUCUCACUGGUUGGCUGCCUGCCGGCGAUCUCACCUCUUGAAGACAUCGGCUUGCAUGAGGGCCUCCAUCCGCAGACGCAUCAGCUCCUCAAUGUCCAUGCCCUGCAGCUCCUCUGCGCUCAUGUGUGUGAAAAGCAAACAGGCGAAUGGGAUAAAGCUUUAUGGCAAUCGAGUCGCACUUCUUACCGGGGCUAAACCUGAAGCGUUUUCUUUCUGUGCCGUCUGGUCGCCGCAGCAUUCCGGCUUUUGCCGCCAGCUCCUGCUCUUCGGCAGCCGCUUCUCGCUCCCGUAGCCUCCGCUCAUCGACGGCAGUGAGAGACCGAUCCAGCCUUGCCCCGACUGUUCGGCGGCGCUUCUCCGCCUCCCUGAAGGCUUCGAGGCCUUCUAUGUCGCGAUCGCGAUCGGCUGAUGUCUCCCGCAGGUCGGCCUCCCUCCGUUCCAGGGACAUCUGCACGAAAGCAGUAUCAAGAUUAUUCUCUCGCCUGAUAGUGGUGCAUUCUCCUGACCUCCAUAACACGCAGACGCGCCAACUCGUUAUCGGCUUCGAGACCCUUCCUGAGCAGCUCCUCGAUCUCUUUAGCACUCUUGCUGCGAUCAGAGGAGAGGCAGUGCUGCUCGCUGCCUGACAGUGUAAGAGUCUGAGAGUCCUUCCAUACCCCUCUAGUCCGAGCUUCUUCGCUAGCGCUCUACUGAGACCGGCCAUCCCACCCUUCCCGAAGUCUUGCGGGCUGCAUGACCAACAGGAUAGUUGUCAUUUUCCGCUUAUCAUCGAUUGGACAUAUCGCGCUCACGCAAUCUUCAUCAUUGUCGCAUUGGCCUUCUCAAAUGUGCUGUGCAGGUCAACAAAGUUCCUCUGGCGGAAAGCCAAAUUGGUUGUCUGACACAGCACAGCACAGUUCCGAAAAACAAGAAACUUGCCAAUAGUCGAGUCGGGCCGUCAGUGGCUUCUCACGUCUCUCAAGCUGUACGCCUCCCACCCUGGCAGGCUUCCUAGCGGCGGCAGGGCCUCCAGUGGCGGCAGCUCCACUAAACUCUGGAGGGCGUCGGGCAGAUCGGAUGCGUCCCCGCCUGCCGCCAGGUACUUGAGAAUGAGGUUCUCCUUGCGCGUGACCUCAACCGUCGACUGCAGCUCGGUGAUGGUAUCGUAGGCAUAGCCAAGCUGACAAAGAGAGAGGACGCGGAUGGACCGUGUGUCGUCGAAGGCGUGUAUCGAGAUGCUCGUGUCUCACGUCAUCUUGGAGGUUCUCAUAUGCUGUCUCCAGGGCCUUGGUGUUGGCCGUCAGAAGGUCCGUCUUGCCCGCCUUGAGAAGCAGAUUCUCCUCUAUCACUGUCUGCCGCAAAGAAGACCGAUCGACAGUCACGACCAUCAUUCUUUGGUGUGCCUCCACAUCUGCCUCUGUACCUGCAGUGCGGAUUCCAGUCUUUGCAUUCUGACGGCCAUGGCCCUCUUGUGCGCCAAGAGCUCUUGCUCCAUCUUGGCCCGCAGUUCUUCCACUGCUGCAAAGUACUCUACGGGCGUCUCGCCUCCAAUGGGCGCUCCUCUGCAUUUGUACACUCAGAGAAAAACCGAUACGAUUCGCCAUCGAUUAGCCAUUUGCUCCGCCAUCGUUUGCCUUACGGGGUGGCCCGCAGCUGCUGCUGUCUCGUUUCGAGCACCUCCUUCUCAAGCUGUGUCCGUAAGAGGGAACUAGAUGCGCAGAGGGGUUCGUUGGUGUCUCUUUGGCGAUCAAGUCCCACCUUGAUCAUGUUGACUUCCAUCGUCCUGAGUUUGCGUUCCCUCUCGUCGACCUCCUUCUUUAGCAGAGUGACCAGCUUUUGCAGCCGGUCGACCUCGCCCUGCAACUCAGCCUUCAUCCGCUCUUGCUGCAGCUGAAACUCCGCAUCGCUUACGUCCUCCACAUCCUCAAUCCCUGACACACCGCGACACACGCCGAAGGACAUGUAAGUAAGAAUGAAGCAGAACUCUUCAACGAGACACCCGACCUGCGUAGAAGUGCACCUUGACCCCUUCUUGUGUGUACAUCCGGAUCAAGUUCAUCAGGUGGCUCAGCUCCAGGAGAUACUGCCGCCGCAGCUUCCUUAUCUGCAGACGAAGCUCAUCGAUCCGCCCCUCCUGCCUAUCGAUGACGCCCAUCUGCUCCUCAAACACGGUCAACACCACCUGGUAGUCGCUGUAACAGAAUGACGGAGCGGCAGGCUCUGUCCCUCUUGCAUAGCCAUGCCCCCCGUCAGUGUUGCGAGCAGGGACUGACGCAGAGGACAUCAGCUCUGGCAUGGAGAUCCGGCGGGCGCUGAUGGCGUCGGUCGAGGUCUCUGCUUGGGUGAGAGGGAGAGGGGCAGGCACAGCAACAGGGGCAGGAGCAGGGGGCGGAGGGGCUUCCGACGGCAUCGAACUAAGGAGUUGGCUGGCUGUCGAUGUAGUCGCCGCCACGUCUUGCACUGCCCAAGCAUGCCACUCCCUCAAAUCACUCGAGAAGCGCGCCAAAGGCUGCAAGAGGUGUUCGAACACUGUCAUGAAGUUGUCCUUCAUCGCCCGCCAGUCAUAAGGGUUGCGUGUCCACAGGUAGCGCUGCUUCUUGAAGAGCCGGGUGACCUCACGAUGGAAGGUCUGCCUGAGAAGGUCGAAGCACCGCAGAUGGUUCCUGCGGAGCUGCGUGCGGAAGUUGAUGACCGCUGCGUUGUCCUUGGCCGCCUGCCGCCUGGACUUUCUGCUGUUGAGGAUGACUCUGGCAUCGGUCUUCCUGCUGGAGGGAAGGGGGCGGAUGGAUGUCAUUUGGAGGGUCGAUCGCAGAAAGGUGGAUCAGUCACUCUGCAGUCUCCAUGCAGUACUCCAGUCGGUGUGUCGGCUGCUUUCUCUCGAGGGCCGGGGGGGGCUUAGCGAGCUGGGAAGCUGAUGGUCGAAGGGAGGCCUGAAGCAGGCUGUGGAACGAAGAGCUUGUCAACAUUCC